CUUUCUCUCUCUUCAAGUUUUUUGAGGUUUCACUCUCAGAGACGAAACGAGCUUUUAGAGAGAGAAUCAAUGGCUGAUGAAGUAGCUUUAGAGAGAGAGAAUUACUCGCUGCUGAAGAACCUCAGAGUCGAAAUUGAAGGAGAAAAAGAGAAGACUUUCUCUCUCUGCUUUUGGCUUUACCUUGUCAACUCCACUACAUUGCCUCUUUCAAUCCUCCAAAAGGUACACCCAGAUGUCACAGGCAAUUCUCCUUUUCUUGUCAUACAUGAAAAGAAAGUGAAGCUUUUUCCAUUGCUUCCCUCGCGAAAAGAAGAUCCGGAAUCUGAAGUUCCACAUGCAUCUGUAGAGGUCGAGUUCGAGUUUUCGCAGGAAAAGUGGGUUCAUUUUGGCUGUGAGGUUUCAACAGAUUUUUUACGACUGCACAUUGAUGGAGAGAUUGUUGGAGAGAAGUCUUUGUCUUCUGCACUCGAAACAGAUUCCAACUUUAAUGGUUUUGUGAAGCUCACUUUGGUUGGUGGAGCGGGUGACGACAGCAGGGAUCAGGGAUACAUUUACAAUCUGAAAACUUUUGCUACCACUUCGUCUAUUAAGGAUCACUGUGCUAAGGAUCCACCUGUACAACUAUCUAUUGAUAAAUCCUCUGCCUCUGAGAUUGAAGAAGGCGAUGGUGGUGUUUGGAGUAUUGUUGGUGGCAAGGCAUCUUGCCGCAGGAAUUUUUCUUUGGAUGUUGUUUUCAUUGAUACCUCUGGCCAUCCUAUAAGAGAGGAAAUGGAGGUUGUUGCUUCACUUGUGUAUCUUGAUAACGGAGCACCUGUUGAGAGAACAAGUGACGGGGAGGCUCCUCUGUUGGCUAGCUAUGACGGACUCGAAUUUACUUCUUACGAGCGGCCGAGUAAAUUGUUGCAUGGGCGGGCAUCUUUUAAGCUUAAGAUAUCUCAGCUCUCUUCCAAGUGUCAAAAUAGACUUUUCCGCAUUAAGUUUCACUUGCCUAAAAUGGAAACAUAUCCUUUCUUUGAGGCAUUUUCUCCUCCAAUUCGCAGUAUUUCAAGGAACCGGAAUACUCGGCUAUCAUCUGUAGUAUGGAAACGAUGUACCUCUGCCCUCCAUCCAAUAUCCCAAUCAUCUGAAAUGGAUGAAGACAUGUUGGAAGUUCGGCAAAAUUCUUUGCAUGAAACAAAACCCAAUCCGUCAUCAAAGCGUUUAAGGUUGGGACAGGACAGAAUUUCCACAAACUUCAGGGCUGAUCCCCCGUUGGAGGCACCUGAUGAGGAAUGCAAUUCUCAUGCCUGGACUGCAAAUAAGGUUGAAAACGAAUUUAUGAAAAGUUCAACUAUGGAACAUGAGAACCUUGAAGAGGACAACUCGUCAUCUGGCUCGGAGAGUAUUGAAGCAAGAAAUUCAGCUCCAAAGGGCUCUUCAAGUACCAGAAAUCAAAUAUCAGAUUUAACUGUAUUUAAGUACUCACUAGCAAACUUAAGUGAGAGAUCUCUUCUACUCAAGGAGAUUGCAAACUCUGCUUCUAACGAAGAAAUUUUGAAUUUUGCACAUCAGGUCUCCUUGUAUUCUGGCUGUUCACACCACAGGAACCAAAUAAUAAUGGCAAAAAGAUUAGUGGAGGAAGGAACAAAGGCCUGGAAUUUGAUCUCACAAAAUACCAACAAGGUUCAGUGGGAGAGCAUGGUUUUUGAUAUUGAAGGACAAUUUAUGAAGAUUUCUCGUUGCAGUUCUAGGUCUCUAACGCAGCAGGACUUUGAUCUUCUGAGGAGAAUUUGUGGCUGCCAAGAAUACGUGGCGCAAGAGAAUUUUGAGCAAAUGUGGUGUUGGUUAUACCCCAUAGCAUAUGCAUUAUCAAGAGAUUGGAUAAAUGCAAUGUGGAGUUCUACAUCACCCAGAUGGAUUGAAGGAUUUAUUACAAAGGAAGAAGCAGAAUCUUCACUUCAAGGUCCAAGGGGUCUUCAAGAGCCUGGGACAUUUGUACUCCGGUUUCCGACCUCAAGAAUCUGGCCCCACCCAGAUGCCGGUAGCUUAGUUGUGACGUAUGUUGGAAGUGACUACGCUAUUCACCACAAACUACUUUCUCUUGAUCAUGUAUAUAGUUCCGCAGAGAACGAAAAGGAUGUGAAACCGCUACAAGACAUGCUUCUCGAAGAGCCUGAACUCUCAAGAUUGGGAAGGAUAAUAAGAAGUCACUAAGCACUAGAGAUGCAUCAAAUCUUUCUGCUCUUCUUUGCAGAUCAAUUUUGCGGUAUCUGUUUACUCAUCUUUGGUUCAUUGUUAGGUUUGUCAUUGUUUAGAAAGAGAACCCUUUUGAUAUUCUUGUCUAUGACUACUUGGAGUAAUUAUUUUAUUUGACACACUUGAGUUUUGUACUUCUUUCCAGUUGUCAAUUUUAAAAAGAAAAGAAAAAAAAAAAAGAAGUAUUUAUUUCAAA